CCCUGGUUUGCACACCACAAAAAUAUAAAACAAUUUUGUUUUCGACGAUUUAUUAGCAAUAUAAGCCUGUAGGCAUCCCAAGCUUGAAUACAUCAUAUAAAAUGGCUGCCCUGGCCAGCUUGACCGCCCAGUACACGGAUUCCGAGAAUGAGGGAGAUGCUAGUCCGGAUUCCCAAAACUCCACCGCGUCCCAGGUGAUCAUACCACCCAAGAGACCCACGCCGACGCCCACCAAACAGGAUGAGGAAACCAAACGAUCCAAGGAGAAGAAAAAGAAGCGUGCCAAGAAAGUGCGACGGCUAGUGAGUUACCAGGAUGACACCUUGAUUUCCGACGAGGACGAGGACCGCGCUGCAGCGUCCUCCAGCGAAGAGGAGUCCAGCAGUGGCGAGGAGAGCAACAGUUCCAAUUCCCAGAGCGGAGACAGUCUCAAAGCCAAGGAUAAAAGCAGUGCUGGUAGUGGUUCCAAGGACGGAGACACCCCCAUGGAGGUGGACGAGGAAUCUGCGGGGUUCCCGAUCGAAGAACGCACGGCUGAGAGCUACGAGAAGGAUCCCAAGUACGCCAAGUACAAGUUUCAGCUGCCACCCGAACCAAAGGGGAAACCGUCCGCAGAAUUAGUGGCCAAGAUCACUAAGAUGUACACAAAGAUGAACCAGACAAAUAUGGAUAUGAAUCGCGUCAUACAGGAUCGAAAGGAGUUUCGCAAUCCCAGCAUCUAUGACAAACUAAUAAGCUUUUGCGACAUUAACGAAUUCGGAACCAACUAUCCGCCCGAGAUCUAUGAUCCUUUGCAGUGGGGCGAGGAAUCCUACUACGAGUCCUUGGCGGCGGUUCAGAAAACGGAGAUGGUGAAACGGCAGAAGGAUCGCAAGGACAUGGACAAGGUGGAGCAGGCCACUGCGUUGGCCAGGAAAGUGGAGGAGGAGGCCAAAAAGCGGAAAUCCAAGUGGGAUCAGCCGGCACCUUCUUCAACAGUUGGUAAGCCCACUCUUCCGGCUCUAACCACUACGGUUACGGGCACCAAGGGCACCGUCAUCUCUGCCUUUGGGUCGCUGCCAAAGAAGCCAGCCGUUUAGACUGUAAUCUAGAAAUACACUU